AUGACUAAUGCUGGUUUCUUCUGUCUUCUUAUAUAUGUAGACGAUGUACUUCUUGCAGGUCCAUAUGAGAAAACUAUUGCUGCCUUCAAAGAAAAAUUACAUAACCUGUUCACUAUAAAGAAUCUGGGAAAGGCCAGAUUUUUUCUUGGCUUAGAAAUUGGCAGAUCUGAUGCAGGCAUGAUCAUAACACAAAGCAAAUAUAUGAAAGAAAUCAUAGUUGAUACAGGACUCGCUCAAGCCAAGGCUGUCAAUACUCCAUUACCAGCUGGAUUACAACUCAGAGCAUCAAUAGGGCAACAGUUAGCAAAUCCAGAGCCUUACAGAAAAUUGUUGGGUAGAUUACUAUAUCUAGGCUUCACUAGGGCUGAUAUAUGUCAUAUUGGGCUACUUGCAAGGAAAGACGAAGGUUUUAACUGGAUACUGUAUAUUUCUAGGGAAGAGCUUAAUAUCUUGGAAAAUCAAGAAGCAAACGACAAUGAUUUGAGAAUCAAAGCCCCUACUCCUAUUUCGUUCUCUUGUGACAAUCAAGCUGCCCUUUAUAUAGCGGCAAAUUCAGUUAUCCAUGAAAGAACAAAACAUAUUGAAAUAGAUUGCCACUUAGUACGUAACAAGUACAAGGAAGGUUUCAUUGCCCCUAAGCAUAUAGCUUCUAAAGAACAGCCAACAUUUUCACAAGAUUAUUGCCAGGUCCCAGAUUCAUGUCCUUGA